AUGGAACCCCUAGAAUUACCCCCCGCCGCGGAAGACAUCCGAAAGGAGAUGAUUGCAUUGAUACCAGAUGUCAGGAUAUAUGAUGAGGAUGAAAAAGGAAACAAGAAAUACGGCGGAGAUGAGAUCGCGGGUUUGGUUUCUCGUAUGAAAGCCGCACUAAACCUCGACGAAACAUGGGAAGGACGCUUGAGAUACUGGUCAACUUCUACGAAAUUGGUCAACACUGGAAAGCAAGGAUAUCUUGUAGCUAUAUCGAACGAAAUGCAGGUGUAUCCUGGGGGUUCGUUGAAGGGCGGGUAUUACAUACAAGUCAAGAAUGAACCUGUUUUGGGGGCGGGUGCAACUACUUUGUUUUUUGUACCGCGUUAA